AUGGCCGCGCCCCUAGAGAAUAUAGGAAUCCAGACGGCGAAGUAUUGCAAUGUGGCCGGUCUGGGACUUUUGAUUUUUGACUAUUUCUUAACGCUCGAACCUGAAAUUCGAUGGACAUGGAAUAGACGCUGGAACGUCACUCGUGUUCUUUUUGUAAUUUCACGCUACAUGGCCUUUGUAGCAGCUGUCAUGACUUCUUACGCUGUCCUUGCUACACGAGCGAACGAGAAUUGCUCGAACUUCAGCAGGGCUUCAAAUGCAAUUCAUAUCAUCAGUAUUAUAGCUGCUGAAGGUCUUCUGAUCCUUCGUACAUAUGCGUUCUGGAAACAGAGCAAGAAGCUUUUGGCAGUGUUACUGGUCUUGGCAGCAAUCUGCAUUGCGUGUGGUGUCGGUCUCACAGAUUUUGUCGGUGGCCUACUAGCGGUGCCCGUAAACCCUUCAGCUCCCCCCACAAGCAACUGCACUUUUCAAGCGGGUCGCAGCAGUGCCAUUCAAUAUGGCUUUCUCGCAGCCUACGAAAUAUUGCUGUUAUCUUUAAUGGUGUUCAAGAGAUAUAAGGACUACAGAGAUUCUAACAGUCGUCUGGUGAGAGUAGUCUUCCAGGGCGGAGUGUGGUAUCUGACUCCCAUCAUCGCUGUUUCUGUGGCCAAUACACUAAUUACAGUUCUGGUGCCGCAAUCAUAUAACGAGAUGUUGGACUUACCACAGCUUGUCCUCCACAGUAUGUUGGCGUCCCGUGUGCUGUUCAGUCUGCGUGAAUGUGACGAGGAAAUGGACGGGACAACAUUAGAGAUUUCGACAUUUCGUCCACUUUAGUACAAUACAAGGCAUAUCUCACUUGGACUUGGUUGAUUAUCAUACAGUCACAG